AUGAAAAUAAAGCUCAUCGUCUCGGUGUUGUGCGGUUUUAUUUUUUUAACAUUCUCCAGCAAAAACCUGGUCAGAUGCCAGUGUGGAUUAGAACCUGCACCCGGCGACGUGUUGUUCUACGGACUGGACAGACGAGUGUACGCCAAACCAGGCGACAUCAACAUAGGCGCCCUGAUGAUGGCGACACUCCCAAACUCGGAGAACUUGUGCAGUGACGUCAUUUUUCCUGGAUCCUGGACCAUAGAAUACACGGAGUCCGUGGCGUUUGCCGUCGAAAUGGUCAACCAACAAGAAAACCUUCUGCCCAACAUCACACUAGGCUUUUAUAUUUUAAACGACUGCUCGUCCAAAUCUACAGCCAUAGCUCAGUCGCUGGCGUUCUUACCUCGUUCUGAGAGUCAGUGUGAGAAGCUGGAGCUCAAUACCUCGACGUCAGGUGACUCCCAGCAAUCGCCUCUACCUUUUUACGAUGUUAUCGGUAUACUGUCGCCCAUCAUGAGCGUCUCUGCUGCUCCGAUAUCUUUCCUCUACACCGCUGCUAAAAUACCACUCAUUGGGUAUUCGACUACGUCGGAUGAGUUUAGUGAUAAAAGUAAUCAUCCGUAUUUCUUUAGAGUGAUUAGUCCUGAUAAGUAUCAAGUGGAAGCCAUACUGAAGUUUAUAUCUGACAAUGGCUGGUCGUAUUUGUCUAUUGUUUACUUAGAAGGGACUUAUGGAGAGCGAGCGUUUGAUACUAUUAAAACUUUAGCUCAGAAGUUUGGCAUAUGCCUGGCGACGUGGCAUCGAAUCAGUUACACUGAAAACAUGGACGAGACGGCUUAUGAACUCCUCACAUAUCCCCGAGCUAGAGUAGUAGUGGCAUUCAUUGAUGAGAAACCAUUGUCAAACUUACUAGUAUCGUUAGACCGUCUGAAUGGUACGGGCCAGUUUGUGUGGGUGUGUAGUGACGCUAUGGCGUUUGCCACUGCUGAAAGUUUAGCUUCGAUCAAAGAUUAUUUUUCUGGUGCUUUUGUGUUUUCGUUCUACGCCCCGCUUAUACAGGAGUUUUAUUCGUACAUUGAGAGACAAAAUGUGUUGACAAGCUCGAAUCCCUGGUUCAAACCCACAUGGGAAAGCUUAAAACAUUGUUCGUUUGACGCGGGAACGUGCGAUCCGAAUAUCAGCCUACUACACUCGACUAAGUUUGAUUUUCAAACGUUCGCUACGCUAAGCAUGGACUCGGUUCUCGCCCUUGCUCAAGCUGCAGACAGAGUUAUCUCAGCUUUGUGUCCCAACGCGACAGGAACUGACGUCCGCGACUGUGUCAAAAGUGACGACCUAUACCAGAGACUGAGAGGGGAAAAGUUCCAGGGCUACAGCGGGCGAAUAGAGUUUAAUUCAAACGGGGAUUCUAUAGGAAAGUAUGUAGUGUAUCAAAUGUCUUAUGACAAAGUUAUGGUACCUUUUGGCUAUGGAUCUACGGGUAAUGAAACGGUGCUUGGGGUUAUAAAACGAGAAGUGGCUUUCUACGACGUGUCUUCAGGAAAUAUAACCUACACUCAAAACAAUAUCUCAUGGAACCAUCUGAAAGUUGUAGAGAGGAUCAUUUCUUUAGAUAAAAAUUCUAACUUCCCCAACCGUCCCGAGUCUGUGUGCAGCCGGCCGUGUGUUGUGGGUGAGUACAAGAUCCAGAAAACGCCAGCUUGUUGCUGGGACUGCAGGUUUUGUCGUAACAAUGAGAGGAUAAUCAACAAGAACACAGCUUGCCAGGAGUGUGAGCCAUUCACCUGGCCAGACCCGGAGACCAACUACACAACAUGUGUACCCAUUUCAUUAAGCCACCCUGGGAUGUCCAGCCCCUUAUCAAUUAUUCAAAUCAGUUUUGCUGUUGUAGCUUUAUUAGUGACGUGUUACGUCACCGCGUCUUAUAUUUAUCUACGCGAAAACCGCGUCAUCAAGGCCGCAAGCAGAGAGCUAAGCCUGAUUCAGAUUCUCGCCAUAUUUGCUGGCUACGUCACAGUCAUAAGUUUCCAGAGCUACCCCACCCCCAACACCUGCGGUGUACUGUACUUCAUGUUCUGUCUCAGCUUCGCAACCCUUUACGCGCCGCUGUUGGUCAAGGCCGUUCGGAUCUUCAGAAUCUUCCAGCACAGCAGUAAAACCAACAAGAGACCCAGGUUCGUUAGUCCACAGUCUCAGAUCAUCAUGUCGCUGGUUUUAAUCCUCAUUCAGGUAACUUUAUUUUACUUUUAG